AUGGCCAAUGGUUUUUGCAUCUUUUUCUUCCUGUUCACAAUAUUUUCAGUUGCUUACUCCGCAAGAAAUCUAGAUGAAAUUAAUCCCCAACCCCAACAACCCGUAGGCAAUCUACCAGGACCUGGAGUUGCUACCAUUCCUUCAGUCACAACAGGACCAGUUCCCACCACACCCCAAAUAACUCCAGUCGUAGCCGCAACCCCAGCCACAGCCACCGCCACUGCCACUGCCACUGGUCCUGCAACCGGAGAUUCAGGUGUUGAAGAUGCCAAUGCGGGCACAGGCAUUGAAGUUACCAAUGCAGGCCCACCAGUGGCUAGUCCGGCUAACGAGGGAACUCCGGCCGAACUUCCACAACCACAAGCCCAAGUCCCGGCCAUCCCUGAAGCAACACCACAAUCAAAAGAGCCGUCACUUUCUUUCUUCAUGCAUGACAUCCUUGGAGGAUCACAACCAUCAGCCAGAGUAGUGGCCGGAAUCAUCGCGAGCACCGAUGUAACCGGCCUACCAUUCUCAAAAGCCAACAACAAUAUCUUCCCAAUAAGUGGAGGAAUCCCACUAGUUAACCCCAAACUCAAUGGAAUCAUCACCAAUAACAAUUUGCCACUCCUUGUAGGCCUAAGUGGUGGACAAGCCUCCCCUGUGUUCAAAAAUAGUGGUACCGGCAACACGGUUACAGGAAGCAGUACCCAGCCGUUUAUCACGGCUGGGAACCUCCCGGCUGGGUUGACGGUCCAAAAACUCAUGUUUGGCUCUGUGACUGUGAUUGAUGACCAAUUAACAGAAGGGCCAGAGCUAGGUUCUGCUGUGAUUGGAAAGGGACAAGGAUUCUACUUGGCUAGUUCAUUGGAUGGUUCAAGCAAAACAAUUGUGCUUACAAUUUUGAUGCAUGGUGAAAGUGAGAAUCACAACAAUGGAAUUGAGGAUACUAUAAGUUUCUUUGGGAUUCAUAGGACUGCAUCAACAGAAUCUGAGGUAGCAGUGAUUGGUGGAACUGGUAAGUAUGAGAAUGCUAAAGGGUAUGCUACUGUGGAAACACUUCUCAAGGAGGAUCAGCAUACCACAGAUGGGGUUGAUACCAUACUCAAUUUCAAUGUCUAUCUUUCUGAGUAGUGAAUUGUAGAUUGACUUUCAUAUUUCUACUUUCAAUGUGUGUGCGUGUGUGGCUAAAAUUGUCACAAUCAUAGUCAAUGUUUGACUAAGAUUGAUCCAUCAUUGCUAAAGAAACCUUUGUCAUUCUUAUA